CGUGAUAUGAGCAAAAUGUUCCACAGGGGUACUUCCGGUUAAUUUUGUUUACACUGGUAACAAAAUUGUUUUUGACAAAAUAUAGAUUUUGCGGCACAAACUGUCGCAAAUCAGAUAAAGGAUAGCAAGGGAUAUAUAUUUACUUGGGAAGAUGUCAAAGUUUACCUUUUCCCAAACCCGGGAAAAGCGUUCACGCAGAGGAAACGAUGGCGUCAUUUGUGUAGAAAACCACGAGCAGCCGAAAUUGAGUGCGAUUAUUACAUUCCGUGAAAGCUGAACCAACAAAGAAACAUCAUUGUUCUAGCCAGUUUCCUUAUAUUAACUUUUAGGAAAACCAAGAGAACACAAGAGGAAGUAAAUACUUCGGAAAUACAACAAAUUCACAAGAACUGAAACAGACAUGAUAUCCUUCGUUGCUGGUUGUGUGUGGAGCGCAGUGAUUCUGUCGCUUUCACUGUGUUCUGCAGAAUAUCCCAGGAAUGAAACUUUCCUGUGGAAACCGCGAGGCUGGAAGGGACUGCAGUUGUAUUGUCCGAAACAAUGCAACAUUUCCCCCUCUACUGGCGACACUAAAGAUGUUUGCUGCGCGUGCAAAGCGGAAAGUCUGCUCGAUUACAACCACCAUUUUUCUCAUCUUAACAUUUCGAAGGAUGGACGUCUUGAAGGGAAUACGUCUGCUGACAACAUAGCUGUGGAUUAUUCCGGAAAACAUUUAGUAGACUUCCCCCACAAUAUAUGUGACUUUCCAGGAAUAACGCGGAUCAAUUUCUCUUCCAAUCACAUUCUAGAAAUUCCGAAUUUGUCCUGUCUUCCAAACUUGACGCAUCUGGAUUUGUCUUGGAAUUCACUGUCCGCUUUGUCAAACGACUCUUUGACCGAAAAUUGGAAUCUCAGGUUUGUAAACCUGUCGCAUAAUUUCAUAACCUACAUUGAGACGGGGGUUUUAGCGACAAUGGCCUCUCAUAGUAUCAAUUUGACGGGAAACUCUCUUAUUUCUGUUGACGUCACAGACAUUAUAUUCGAAAGGCCAUUUUGUAAAUUCAGUUUCUCCCACAACAAGCUGCAUAUCCUUGUUAAUAAAAAUAACUGGAAGAUGAAUUUGAUCAAAAAAUAUGGUCCAGGAUUCGUCGACUUUACCUUUAAUCAAUUCAAAACGAUGCCAGAUGCCACGAAAUUGGGAUUUAAAAACUUUUUUGAUCUAGGAAAACUGUUUGAUUUUGGAUUUGAUAUCAGACAUAAUCCUUUGAUAUGCGAUUGUAGGAUCGCAAGAUUUUUGUUGUUUUUUAAACAGUAUAUCGAUAUAAUGGAUAGAGACUACUUCAAUAUUACAUGCGAAUUUCCAGAGGCCUUUCGAGGAAGAUCUCUACCCAGUAUUAUCAGAAAGGGAGAAAUAGAAGACUUGAUUUGUAAUUAUACUUCACUGACUGUGUGCCCGAAAAGAUGUCAGUGUAUUGAUAGGCCGAAGAGAGCGAGUCCGUCCGAACCGAAAAUGAAACUGGUAUUAAACAUGAAUUGCACAGGAGCUAAAAUAAACCACCUCCCUCAUAUUCUGCCACAUUGUGAUGAAAUUGAGUUUGACUUGAGGGGGACUCCAAUCAGAGAAAUCACAACAGAGCAUUAUUUGGAAUUAGUAACUGUUCUGGAAUUACCUGGUAUGCCCUCUUUUGAAACAGGUGCCCUCGAAAACCUUACUCAUUUACAGGUAUUCUCUGUUCCAAGAUCUGAUCAACUGAGCGGGAUUCCGCCGGCAUUGUCUUCAUUAAAUCCCUGUGUUUUCCUGCAGCGAGGAGAUUUUGUCAUGAACUGCACUUGUUCACAUAUCUGGAUGGUAGACUGGAUUCAAACAAAAGCGAUUAAGAAAUGUUCACCCCACUCCUUUCAAUGUUUGAAUGGCGGUGACACAGAACAAUUAUUGACCUAUCUUCCUAGGCUCGUCUGCACAGAAACACACCACGAGUACCUCUUACUGUUAUCGAUUACUUCUGCAACUAUAUUUUUCUUUAUCGUUCUUAUUUUCAUUUACAUUUGGAAAUAUGAAUUCAAAAUCAUGAUAAGAUCCAACUGGAUCUGUACAAGACCAAAGAAAUAUGUGGACCAGGAUUGUGUUGUUUACCUUUCAUAUGACGAGAAGAUGAAAGACAUAGACUCAUGGCUCAUAAAUACACUCGAGCCUUUCUUGACAAGGAACGGUUUGGCUACUUUUAUCCCAUCACGUGACUUGCCUCUUGGGUGCGUUCGAGUCGACGAGACAGCAUGGCAGAUAUCGGUAUCCAGACACUACAUCAUAUUUCUCUCUGACAAUUAUUUCGAGGAGGACUCUUUCCAAACCCACACGGAAUGGAAGCAUAUCUGGAACAACUACUUCUACGACUCUAGAAAGAAAUUGCUGAUUAUCAACUACGACCUGUUAAAUUCAACUCAAGUUCCCUGUGGAAAGUUUAGGGCAGUCAUGCGUAUUAACGAUGUAGUGGACUUCGCCUCUGGAGAAAAGAAAAUAUUUUCCAAGAUAUCCGCAACAUUUAAGGGAUAAAUUUCAUUUUCGAAAAUACAUGAGGGUAUAAACAGUGACGCUUCCCGCCGAUAUACUACACACGCGCUUCACGCUGAUAUUCUACACAACGCGCUUCACGCAUAUAUACUACACAACGCGCUUCACGCCUAUAUACUACACAACGCGCUUCACGCCUAUAUACUAAACAACUCGCUUCACGCCGAUAUUCUACACAACGCGCUUCACGCCUAUAUACUACACAACGCGCUUCACGCCUAUAUACUACACAACGCGCUUCACGCCUAUAUACUAAACAACUCGCUUCACGCCGAUAUUCUACACAACGCGCUUCACGCCUAUAUACUAGACAACGCGCUUCACGCCGAUAUUCUACACAACGCGCUUCCCGCCGAUACACUACACAACGCUCUUCACGCCUAUAUACUACACAACGCGCUUCACGCCUAUAUACUACACAACGCGCUUCACGCCUAUAUACUAAACAACGCGCUUCACGCCGAUAUUCUACACAACGCGCUUCACGCCUAUAUACUAGACAACGCGCUUCACGCCGAUAUUCUACAUAACGCGCUUCCCGCCGAUACACUACACAACACGCUUCACGCCUAUAUACUACACAACGCGCUUCACGCCUAUAUUCUACACAACGCGCUUCACGCCUAUAUACUAAACAACGCGCUUCACGCCGAUAUUCUACACAACGCGCUUCACGCCUAUAUACUAGACAACGCGCUUCACGCCGAUAUUCUACACAACGCGCUUCCCGCCGAUACACUACACAACACGCUUCACGCCUAUAUACUACACAACGCGCUUCACGCCUAUAUUCUACACAACGCGCUUCCCGCCGAUACACUACACAACGCGCUUCACGCCUAUAUACUACACAACGCGCUUCACGCCUAUAUACUACACAACGCGCUUCACGCCUAUAUACUACACAACGCACUUCACGCCUAUAUACUAUACAACGCGCUUCACGCCGAUACACUACACAACGCGCUUCACGCCUAUACACUACACAACGCGCUUCACGCCUAUAUACUACACAACGCACUUCACGCCUAUAUACUACACAACGCGCUUCACGCCGAUACACUACAUAUACACAACGCGCUUCACGCCUAUAUACUACACCACGCGCUUCACGCCUAUAUACUACACCACGCGCUUCACGCCUAUAUACUACACCACGCGCUUCACGCCGAUAUUUUUCAAUAACAUUAAUAACUCCACCAACAAUAGGAAUUUGAACAGUUUUCAUCAGAAAUUUCACAUUAAUUAAAACACUAUCUAUCUGUAUUUAAAAGUAUCCAUUCAUUUUUUUAAAACAUCAAAAGUAGACUAAAGCAAUCCGAAAAGCGAAACGGAAUCUUAACUCAGUCCAUUUCUUUCAAUAUCCCUUUACAUUUUUUAUCACUAGAAAUAUAACUUUAUAUUUAAGGUUUUUUCUGUAUGAACUGCGAUGCUUCACGUCGUCUAUUCUCUUUACAGAAGUAGUCAGACAUAGCCUACAUCCGCUUCUCUUCGCAAGUGUUGAUUCUGGAAAACGUGGAAAUUCCGGAACCGGUGACGGUUUACACUGCGAUCGAAGUUUCAACUCAAAUAUGCCUGGAUUUACAAGUUAUUUCCUCAACUUUAUCAUUAAUGCACACACCUGUUACGCGGAAACCAACACGUACUCGCUGUUAUCCAUUUUCACAUCUUCCUUGUCCUGGGUUUGAAUUUUAAAAUAUUAACGGUAGGAAAAAUCAAAACAUUUGAAAAAAUUAGUAGACACGCAUUUUGGUUCUCGAAAAGCUUUUUGUUUUAGUUAAAACAGUGUUCUUGUUAAUGUACAACGUUUGAUUAUAGAGUUUUAAACAAUUAUUUUCAUUUGAACAAUUAUUGACAAUGGUAUAUUUUAUAUCUAUCAAACAUGUAUUUAUAUCUUAGAUCCACCUCUUUAUUUACACUACUACACGAAGGUACACAUACAAUUACUAUACCUUGGGGACUUUGGUCAUGGGUCCGUGUAUUGUCAUUUUGUAUGAAGGGUUUUUAUAGGACAAUAAUUGUCAAGUAGUAUUUGGUUGGGUUUUUCGUUGUUCUGUAGUUUUACCACCAGUUUUGAGCACUUUUGAUAUUAUUCAGAAGAUUUGUAUGCACUUGACCUGUCGUGAAUUUGAAACAGAUUUACAGACUGUCAAACAGACAGUAAAUCUUUGAUUUUUCAGUCAUUUCUACGAGAUUAUUGUCCUAGCUGAAUUUUCUGAGGGAAGUUUCGUCCCUCCUGAAAGAAACAAUGUUAAAAUAUCAAUAGGAAUACAUGCUUGAAUAAAAAUGAUAUGUCACAAAGCUUUCUGAGAUGCAAAUUGCGUGUUUACUAACUUUUUCAAAUUUUCUGACUUUGAAUUUUCUAUUUCUUUUUUUUCUCUACUGCUAAUAAGAUAAACACAUAAUUCAAUCCCGGGACAAGGAACACGUGAUUUAAAUGGUGAGUGUUGAAUUCCUUGUGAUAGAUCUGUUAAGGAAAUCCAGGCAUAUUUGAGUUGAAACUUCGAUCACAACGUAAACCGUCAACGGUUCCGGCAUUUACACGUUUUCCAGAAUCAAAACAGGAAGAUUUGCGAAAAGUGGAUGUAGGCUAUGUCGGUCCACUUCCACGGAGAAGUGGAUGUAGGCUAUGUCGGUCCACUUCCACGGAGAAGUCGAUGUAGGCUAUGUCGGUCCAUUUCCACGCCGGCAGACUUCAUGAAACGCGUUGACGCGGUACAGUUCAUACCUUCAUACAUGUAUUUUUAAAACUGAAAUUUAUCCCAUAUUUACAUUUUACUCUUAUUUCUGUCGGAAUUCCCAAUGGUUAAAAUAGACGCACUAUAUUUAUCAAGAUUCAUACGCACAUUGUAUACAACUGCAACGAGGCUAUCAUUACCAUUUGUACAUAUAUAAAAAUAUCAAAGGAAAAAAACACUUGAAAUGUAAAUAGUACAUAUUGACUCGUUGAUUUGUUCAUAUGUAUAUGUAAGUACGGUAACGAUUUAUACAACCAUAUGUGGUGAGAGAAUUUCAUUGAAUAUACCCAUAUAUACUCCAUUUUGUUCUAUAACCAAACCUUAAAUUGUGUUUUGAUUUUUAGUGUAACCAUUUCUCUAGCCAAGGCUGGGCAAAAUGUAUGAUAGUUUUUUUGUUUACUAAUAUAGUUUCUUUAGUAAUACAUAGAUGUUUCAUAAAUUCUGAAAACAAG